AUGUCGUCAUCAACAACAGCCACCAAAGUCACUGCCACGCGAGGCGGCAGUGACGCUGGAGCCGUCCAGCAACCCACAAUUUACAAGGUCAUAAUGACGCCCAUCAUCCUCGUCUCGUUUCUGCUCUCCCUCGCAUGGGUAGACCUCACCUACACAAUCAGGAGGUCAAGAAACCAUGGGCGGCAAGGCUGGAUGCCCUCCUGGCUGCACAGCAUCCUCUACCGGAAAUCACAGUACCGUUACGCAGAGGCCAAGGAUUCGAAGACAUCGACACCGACGACGACGCCGAGCCCCAAGGACGAACGGGAGGAUUUCUACUACCACAGUAAACAGAAGAAGCUGCUGCGCAUGGAGAUGGACGAUGCAUUCCAGCUGAGGGGCCAUGUUCUCGUGGUGAUGGCGCUCGCGUUGCUUACCAUGUCGCUUGCUUUGGCUUGGGGUGGCUGGAUCGUUUGCAGCUGGGCGUGGAGGAGCUUUGGCGAGAGAGCUUUCGAGGUCUGA